AUGAUUGUCCCGCCGGAUCCACGAGAUUGGAGCUCACGAAAAAAGGAGCCCACACUCGAUUCGAAGAAGAACUACGGAGCCGCCAGUGAAGCUUUGAUCAAAAGCGAUCAUCCGAAAGCUCAUCAAGGCCAGAUUCCAAUCAUCCCGUCUGACGCAGCCUACGGAUCAGGCGAUGCAUUCAAAGACUUCGAUCAGUUCACCGAUUCUCGCGGUCUUGCACAUCGACCUAGAUCGAGGAGUCCCUGGUCGAAACCUGGUCUCUGGGAGCCAAACCCCGACGACCCGCACAAUCGUGAUCACGCAAAUAAAUUCUAUUAUCAGCCAACUUCGGUCACUGCCGAUUGGGUGAAUGGACAGCUAGCCUGGAAUGGUCACUGGGCUGUACCGGCAGCAGGUGUCGGCGGCUCAAAUGGUUACUCAGUCGCUCACUUCCCCUCUCUUGGUCACUUCUUGAACAUUCCCGAUGAUUACGAU